AUGAGCAUCGACGAGUAUCUAGACGAGGAGUUCAAGCGGGGGGGCGGCGACGCAAGCUUCCAGCGGCCUGAGCCCGAUGAGGAUAACAUCGAAAAGGCCGAUGCGGAGACGUAUAAAGCCAGAGAAUGGGACGAAUUCACCGAGGCGAAUCCCAAGGGUUCCGGAAACACACUGAACAGGGGCUAG